AUGGGAUAUAAGAGUGCAACGGUUCUUGGAUCUAUUGAUGAAGAAUUUGAGGAAGAAAGAGAUGAGGAGAUAUAUGAUAUUCAUAUUUUGCCUUCAGAAAGAGCCCCACUUCAUAUUAAAAAUAUAAGCUCAAUCCAAUGAGAAGAGUCUCAAGAAAACUUAAACUCAAUAAGCACUCCUAGAAUCCCUCGCAGAAGUACUAAUGAAAUUAAUAUACAAGGAAAGCUGGAAUUUCCAAUUCUAGUUAAAGGUUUGAGCAUCGAAACUUUAUAUGAAACUAUUAGGAUUUCUUCAGAAUUUUCUGAGCUUGAAGUUCCUCCUCAAUCAAGAAUCAGCUCAGUUCCAAGUCAGUCUUCAACUUUUAGAUUCAACCCAAGUGAACUGGUCUCAGAGAGUGAAGAUGGAACUGAACAAGAGAAUACCUUACAUAGCCAGGCUAGCCCUGAAUUUAAUAUAGAGAAUCUCAAAAGAGUUUACUGGGCUAAUGAAGGGAAUGCAGAAGACCUGCUAUACUUAGCGAUAAAUGAUGAAAUUGUUGAAGGUAAAAUAUAGUCAGCGCCCGAGCCAAAAAAGCCUGGAUUUUUGGAAAAAAUCGGACUCAAAAUGAACAGAGAAGCAAGGCUAAUUAACGAUGCAAACAAAGAGUGAAGUAAAGCAGACUUCUUAGAGAAAGAAAGAAAAAUCAAAGUGUAAGUAAAAAUCAGAAAGCAAUUCACCCAAGAGCUGCAAGAGCUAGAAAUGGAAAAGCAAAAAUUAUGUGAAGACUCAUAUACACUGAAAUUAGCAAUACAAAGCAUGUAUAAUAAUAUGGGAGAAGAAAAAUCGACUGGAUACUCAAAACUGUUAGAAAUUGAUUUAUUAAUUAAAAAUAAAACCAAAAAUCAAGGAUUUUUAUUGCAGAACUUAGAAGCAAUAAAUAAAUAUUAUAAAGAAGCUUUAGAAGAAAGAAGACAAGCUGAAGAGCAAUUAAAAAUGAAAAUUGAGGACAUGAGAAUAAGAAUUAUUAAAUAUAAUGAAGAAAAAAUGCGAGGUAUUAAGAAAGUAACUGCAAUUUAGGCUGAAAUUAAUACAAGCCAUUUAAAGAGAUAUAAAGAACUCAAUAUUUUGCAGGAGCAGCAAAACCAAAAAAUUGAAAGUUGCACAAGACUGCUGCUAAAGCUUGCGCAAUAUUACAAUAAAUUAGAAAACUCAAAAUUUGGGGAUGAUUUUUCAUCUUUAAUUGAAGCAUUAACAAAUACAUGCAAAGAAAAUAUUGAGCAAGAUGAAUUGUUCCAUUUGCAAGCAAAUGAAGACCCAAGAAAAAUUUUACCAUAUGGAAGAUCAUCUCAAUCUGCCGUGAAAAAGCAUAGGGAAUCAUCACCAAAAGUCCCUCGAAAAAUAUAA